AUGUGCGUAACUUUGUUUACUGAUCUUCCUGAUCUUGUGAUCCUUAAUGUUCUUCGAUUUCUUUCACAUUUUGAUGCAAUUCAAGCAUUUUAUAAUAUUAAUAAUAAUACCGAUCGAAUUUUAAGUCUUUUAAUUGAAGGUCAAUGUUUUUCAUCGAUGCACUAUUUUCGUUUGUCUUUAUUUAAUUUUGUUUGCGAUCAUGUUUUAUCACGUAUUGGUAGCAAACUUACUCAUUUGACUCUUUGUGAUCAUCAACUUGCAUUAGCUUAUCAAAAGCAAAUUCUUUUAUAUUUAUCUAAUGUUUUAUCACUUCAUUUAAUAAAUAUCAUCGAAAUAACAGAAAGCGAUAAUUACCUUUCAUAUUUUCUUCGAAAACAAUUAAAAAGCCUUACUAUUGAAUUUCUUAGUGAACAUCAUUUCGAAGCUCAAGCUUAUGUAUGUGAACAAUUUAUAUUUAGUAAAAAUUCAGAAAGUUUAACUCAUUGUCAUUUAAUAAAUGAUCAUGGAAUACAACUUAAACAUAGAAUUUUAUUACCGAAUGUCUCUAUUGUAAAUAUGACAAUACAAUUAAGACAACUAUCAGAUUUACAUGUACUUUUUGAUUAUUUAUUGAAUGUAAAAAUUUUAAACGUUAAAAUUUGUCGAUGGACUGUUGAAGAUAUUAAAUAUGAUUAUGCAAAAUUACCAAAAACACUAUCUCAUCUAAUUGAAUUUUCUCUUCAAAGUGAUCAUGCAUUGAGUUUCAAUCAAAUGAUAAUAAUUUUUCGCCAUCUUAUUCAUUUAGAAAAACUUUCAUUUCUUUAUCGAAACUACGAUGAACAUGGUAUUGAUAUAAAUCAACUGGAAAUCGCAUUGACUUAUCUUAAAAAUUUAACAGAACUUAAUUCAAUUAUUAACUUUAUAUAUUUUAAUCUGAAUCCAAAAUUAACAUUUGAAAAUAAUAUUCAUUUUAAACAACGAUGGAAUAUUCAUACAUAUAAGAAUUUAUUAUAUAAAAAUUAUGUCGCGUAUACGCAACCGUUUAUCAAUGUAUCUUACUCAAUUUCAAGUGAUGUUCUACUAGAAGAUAAUUCAACAGAUUUUUCAUCAAUAACUAAUUUAACUUUAAAAACACACACAAAACAAUUGUCUCUCUUACCUAUUAUUCGUUCAUUAAAUAGUAGGUUUUCAUCAGUGACUCAUCUUCAUAUAAUAGAUUCAUUUGGUAUCGAAGAUAAUCACAAUGAUGAUAUUAAAUUGCCAAAAGUCUAUUCAUUUGAUGCAUCGGAGAUAAAAUUAUCGAAUUUAUUUCAAAUACUUUUACGAUCGAUGCCUAAUUUGGCUCAUCUACAAGUAAAUUUAAAUGUUUUAAUAGCUUGUGACUGGAAGUUAUUAUUAGCUAACAAUAAAAUUAAACAUCUUGAAUUGAAAACAAACAAUUUAGAUCAAAUCAAUCCUAUUUUAUUUUAUUUUUCGUCUUUGGAACAACUAAUAGUCAACACUAAGAAACAAUCAAAUCAAUAUAAAAGAAUAUAUAUUCAAAUUAUUUUAGAUUGGUUUCAUAGAUGUUCUCAAUUGUAUACAAUUCAUGUUAAAGCACAUAAACUAUCUGAUUUUCUUUAUAUAGAACAUACGGAAAGUGAUAAAAAUAUGCAUGUUAAAUAUUCGAAUGAAAUAUUUACCCUAUGGAGAUAA